AUGACAAAUUACGACCCUAGGUUUGCCGACUGCUUCUGGAACAGCAGCAAGGACAGUCUUUUGGCCUAUCUAAUAAAAAUAAUGACUUCCUGGGCUAUGGUGGUCGAUGUAUGGUAUCUUCCUUGUGUGAAAGCCGCUCCUGGAGAAGACGGAAUUCAGUUCGCCAAGCGUGUCAAGCGGAGUAUCGCCAACAGGGGUGGCCUCGUAGAUAUUGAUUGGUGA